AUGACGACGACGCUCCACCACCGCCGAGCCGCGUCGCCCGAGACGACGCCGCCCCGCUCCGGCCGCGCCAAGCCCGCCAAGGAAGAGGUCAACGAGGUCGACGAGGCUGAGAAGAAGAAGGCGUCGUUCAUCAAGCGCUGCAUCACGGGCUUCUCGCUCAUCGGCGUCUACUCGCUCAUCAUCUACGGCGGCCAUCUCUACGUCACGCUUCUUGUGCUGCUGUUGCAGACCAUGAUUUUCCGCGAGCUUGUCAACGUCCGGUACCGCGCCAACGCCGAGAAGAACCUACCGUGGUUCCGCACCAUCCAGUGGUGCUGGUUUGGCGUCGCGAUGGUCUACAAUUAUGGCGACUCGUCGCAAGCGUUCUUGCGCGCCGACUCGGAGUUUGGCUGGAUCAAGUGGUACUCGCACUACCACUCGUGGGUCUCGUUCUCGCUCUACGCGCUCCUCUUUGUGUUCUCGGUGCUGAGCCUCAAGAAGGGCUACUACAAGUACCAGAUGGGCCAGCUCACGUGGACGAUCGUCACGCUGUGUCUGAUCGUCUUCCAGAUGCGCUACGUGCUCGACAACAUCUUCCAGGGCCUCUUCUGGUUCUUCUUCCCGUCGGCGCUCGUCGUCUGCAACGACUGCUUUGCGUACUUUUGCGGCAAACUCUUUGGAAAAAAGUUUGUCAAGACCCAGUUUCUGAAGCUCUCGCCCAACAAGACGUGGGAGGGCUUCAUUGGCGCCUUCUUCUGCACGCUCAUCUUUGCCUUCUUCUCGAGCUCGUGGCUCGCGACCUUGCCGUGGAUGACGUGCCCGCUCGACUCGCACCCGCAGUUCUUCCCGGAACCGCUUUCGUGCAACGUGCAUCCGGUGUUCGUCAAGGCCGCUUACGCCGUCCCCGCGUGCAUCACUGCGUACGUGCCGACGUGGACCCAUGUCCAGCUCUUCCCCGUCCAGUUGCAUGCGAUCAUUUUUGCGAGUUUUACCUCGGUGAUUUCGCCCUUUGGCGGGUUUUACGCGUCGGCCAUCAAGCGUGCGUACAAGCUCAAGGACUUUGACUCGCUCUUGCCGGGCCACGGCGGUGUCAUGGACCGCAUGGACUGCCAGUUUAUCACGGCGCUCUUCACCGCGGUCUACUGCUCGACGUUCAUCUGGUCGUACCACACCAACGUCGAGGCGAUUGUGACGAGCGUCCUUCGCCUCUCGAUCGACGAGCAGCGCCAAAUCCUGCAGCAGCUCCAGUCGGCGGUCACGGCGCAGUAAACGAAGUCGCUAAGCAACCGCAAUCUCACUGUGACUUUCAAGCUCUUUAGCCUGUCUGCCAACGUAUACAAAGGUCAGAGAAGAAGGAAUCGUUGGUUCAUAAGGGGAAUAUCUCGACGCGUGGCUUCCAAUGGCCAGCGUCCUCGUGGUCUAAUAUAUACGGAAUAAAUGAUUCGGGU